CCACGCCAGCCUCACCUGUGCAUCAUGGCUGCAGACCCUCGCAUGAGUGACGGAGAGCUAGCCGCAAUCAAUGCAGCUGCAGUGACGCGGGAAUACCGCGUCCAACCACACCUUGGUGCGUCCCAAAGCAUUGCAAGACGUCGAGCACUUAUUGACGAGUCCUUAAGACUACCGCACCGUUUCUGCGAUCAAUGGGUGAGUGGACCGCACCACUAUGUCUACAACCAAGCUCACAACCAGAAUUUACAAAUAUGGGUUGGCAAGCGCGUUAAGCGUGUUAUCUUCGAAGAUAAGCGUGCCGUAGGUGUCGAGUUCACCAGCGAUCUGAUAUCUUGCCCAGAUGCGGAUAAGUCAUCGAGCAUCGUGAGGGCAUCAAAGCUUGUUGUUAUCUCUGCGGGCGCUUUCGGUUCGCCGGCCAUUCUCGAGAGAUCUGGGAUCGGUGCCGAUGCGGUUCUGAAGCGGUGCGGUAUCGAGCAAUUGGUGGACUUGCCUGGCGUUGGAGAAAAUUAUCGAGAUCACAAUGGCGCCUUUCUUCCACACUUUGCUGCUGACGAAGCUGUUACUAUGGACCCCCUCUGGCGUGGAAAGGAGAGUGCUAUACAGGAAAACCUGGCGAAAUGGAAAAUCGAUGCCAAGUCACUCGUUGCCCAAAAUGGCAGCGAUGCAAAAAUCAAAUGGCGUCCUGACGGCGACGAGCUGGAAGCUAUGGGAUCAGCUUUUCAGCCACGAUGGAAAGAGUUCUUCCAGGACCGCCCAGACAAGGCUGUUGCAAUAUUUUGCCUUUUCGAGGGACACGCUGGAGCAUCCAAGAAUAAUCUUCCUCCUCGCAAUUACUUAGUUGCAUGCUGUUAUACACUGUAUCCUGUGUCUGCUGGCAGUGUUCAUAUCAAUG